AUGGUCAAUGUCGCUGGUAGGAGCAAAGGAUGUGCCGCCUGUAGGCGACGCAAAGUAAAGUGCGAUUUGGGCUUCCCGCAAUGCCAGCGCUGCAUUGAUUUGCGACUUGCGUGUCCCGGACCGCGCGUUGGAGCUUUUUUCGUGCACGCUCAGGCAAAUGCGUCACAGCCGGCGGUCGCCCAGGCGCUCACACGCAUACCGCCGACCUCUGCCCUCAAGGCCUGUCGCGCCGAUGCCUUUGACCAGCUCUUUGUGUCGCAUUUCAUCGAUUCUUUCGGCCUGCCCAAGACUGUCAGCACCGGCCCGACGUGGCUUGAGAGCUUGCCGUCCUUUCUCGGCGCCCGCAGCAAUGCCUUGGCCAUGGUCUCCAUCCGCUCCGCGUCCAUGCUGAGCUACGGCACAUGGGCGCGUGACGAGGCCAUCCAGGCCGACUCGUAUCGCUGGUAUGCAAGCGCCCUCGCACAGCUGCGCCGCGCCACGGCGCAGGGCAGGCAGCAGCCGGCGCCGGCGCUGGAAAUGGCGGUCUGCGCGGCAGUGAUGCUCAUCCAUUUCGAAACGUGGGCGGGCACGUCGCGCAACGCAUGGGUGUAUCACGUCAAGGGCGCGGCGUCGCUGCUCCAAGCGGCGGGUCCCGAGGCGUGCCGCUGGGGGUUUCUGCAGUCGGUGUUUAGCCAUCUCCGUUUCCAGGUCUUUAUUGUGUCGAUGCAGGAAGAUACACUCCAUGCGUUUGCGGAACCCCAGUGGCUGGAGGUUCCAUUUCGAGAGCAGGGCAAGACGCUGUUUGACGAGCUUGUCGACGCUCUUUUCUCGGUGCAGCGAUGUCUCUUGUUCGUGCAGCAAAACGUAGAUAUGGGCGCAGUCAAGGGUGAAGAGGCGUGCUCGGCGAUCAGAUCCUUGACUGAUGCUGCGGCAAAUCAACUUUCCACGUGGAACAAGAAGCACAUGGUGUUCUUGAGGCCGGCUUCGUGGGCUCAACAAGCUUGUGGAGGAGAACUUACAUCGUCAGAAAAGACUGGUGACGCCGACUCGAUAAUUACUGCAACACCAAUACCUGGUCUCCCCGAGGCAGCGCUCGUGUCUCUCUUCCACGCAGCGCGGCUCAUUGUCACUCAGUUGGCGUCCGCAACAGAUGGUAGCUUACGCAGCACGGCAGAAGAGGACUCCCAAAUCAUUUUGCAAGCAAAUGCUUUUAGCGUGCGGAGCACCUCUUUGCCAAGCACCAAACUCCGACCGUUUUUGAUGCUCCCGAGUCUCAAGAUCGCCAGUCUUUGGAGCCCCUUGUCAGAGGUACGCUCCCAGGCUGGCGCGCUGCUGCUCAAUGAGCAGAUUUUGGCCAGCUCAAUGGCGGAUCUUGCGCUGACGUCGGAGGGCUAUUUUUCACAAAUAGCGCCUUCAAUACGAUAG